AUGAAGAUGUUUUUGGUAAUGUUUUUGGUGCAUAAAGUAGUUACUCUGAAAUGCCCUGCAAGUGAUGCUUUCUUUAUUCCACAUGAGUGGUACCAGCCUGGAGACUUCAUCAUUGGAGGCAUGGCAUCUCACUUCACCUACCACCUUUAUGAAAUUAAAUUUAGUGAAAAUCCUUCUAAGAAACCUUAUGAAAUACCAAGACAGAAGAAUCUCAGGGCUAUCAUUGGGGGACUGGAUUCUGUCACAUCAUCUCACAUUGCUGAAAUUACAGGAUCUUUCAAAAUUCCACAACUGACAUAUGGCUCAUUACCCCAAGAGGAAUUUGAGGCCAGUAAAGUCUCUUCACUUUAUUUCAUGGUCCCCAAAGAAAACCAUCAGUACAUUGGGAUUAUCCAACUGCUUCAUCAUUUCAAAUGGACAUGGAUUGGAAUAUUUACUGUUGAUAACAACGAAGGAGAAAAUUUCUUACAGAAAAUGCAGCCUUUACUUUCAGAGAAUGGAAUCUGCUCAGCGUUCAUAGAAAGGCUUUCACAACUAGUCCACUUGGAAAAUUUUCAAGAAGUAAUUCAAAGAAUCUAUAGUAUUUCCAUGAGUUGGGUAAAUAGCCGAGCCAAUGCAUUUCUUGUCUAUGGAGAAUCAUUGACAAUUACAUGGCUAAGAUAUGUCACACUUAUAACAGAUCCUGAAAGCAAGGAAAUUGCAUUAUUUAGAAGGGUAUGGAUCAUGACUGCACAGAUUGAUUUCAUAUUAUCAGGAUUUCAAAUCAAAUGGGAUCUUCAUAUGUUCCAUGGGGCUAUUUCCUUCACUGUUCAUUCAAGAGCAGUUGCAGGUUUCAAGGAGUUUCUCCAGACCGUAAAUCCUCUUUCAGACUCCAGAGAUGGGUUUCUGCAGGAAGUUUGGGAACAAGCAUUUGAUUGUUCAUUUCCAAAAUCAAAGUUACAAGAAAUGCAGAGUAGAAACUGCACUGGGGAGAUGAAGCUGGAGGAUCUUCCUGGACCUGCCUUUGAAAUGGAGAUGACCGGCCAAAGCUACAGCAUCUACAAUGCUGUUUAUGCUGUGGCUCAUGCUUUGCAAGCUCUAUACACAUUGCAUUUCAAUAGAAAAAAAACUAUCAUCUGUAAAAAUCUUGACCUUCCACAUCUCCAGGCUUGGCAGAUGACAAAUUUCUUGACUUUCCUCCCAGAUAUGGAAGAUUGCUUAGAAUGUUCAGAAGAUCAUUAUCCAAAUAAAGAAAAGAAAGGCUGCAUCCUGAAACUGGUGGUGUUUCUAACCUUUGAAGAAACCAUAGGAAUUGGUUUAUCCUCAGCAGCUCUUUGUUUCUCCUUCUUGACAUCUUGGAUACUUGGUACUUUUAUUAAACACAGGGAUACCCCCAUUGUCAAAGCCAACAACCGGUCCCUCACCUACACCCUGCUUGUCUCUCUUCAGCUCUGUUUUCUCUCCUCUUUGCUCUUCCUCAGCCAACCUGGCAAUGUGACCUGCCUUCUCCGACAAUCAAUGUUUGGCCUCACUUUCUCUGUGGCGAUUUCUAGUGUACUGGCAAAAACCAUCACUGUAGUUGUGGCUUUCAUGGCCACUAAACCAGGAUCUCAAAUGAGGAAAUGGGUGGGGAAAAGAUUGGCUCUUUCUAUUGUUCUUUCCUGCUCUGUCUUCCAAGUAUGUAUUUGUAUUCUUUGGUUGUCAAUAUCACCUCCAUUCCCUGAGUUGGACAAGCACUCAGCACUCCAAGAAAUGAUUUUACAAUGCAAUGAGGGGUCAGCUUUCUUCUUCUACUGUGUCUUGGGCUACAUGGGUAUCUUGGCCAUCGCCAGCUUUAUUGUGGCUUUCCUUGCCCGUAAAUUACCCGACAGCUUUAAUGAAGCCAAGUUCAUCACCUUCAGCAUGUUGGCCUUUUGCAGUGUGUGGAUCUCCUUCUUUCCAGCCUAUCUGAGCACAAAAGGAAAAGCCAUGGUAGCUGUGGAGGUCUUCUCCAUCUUGUCCUCCAGUGCUGCAUUGUUGGGAUGCAUAUUCCUGCCCAAAUGCUACAUCAUUGUUUUCCGACCUGACCUCAACCACAGAGAACAACUCACAAAGAGAAAUUAG